AUGAUAAGGAACGGCUCAGAUGACGAUGAGUCGGCAGAAGGCAGUAAAGGUCCACCGACUCCGAAAAGUGCUAGGAUUGACGAGGAUGAGCUAAUUCAAGAAGCUGUUCUUGCUUACGCUGUUAGCAUUGACGAUGAUACGGACCUACCAACUACGUAUGCUCAAGCAAUGGCAAGCGACGAUGCGAUGAAAUGGCGUGAAGCGAUGAAUGCUGAGCUUCGCUCUCAUGAAGAUAAUCGAACGUGGACAUUGAAGCCAGGAGGAAAGUUUAAACGCACAAUUGGAUCACGAUGGGUAUUCGUUAAGAAGCGUGAUCAAAACGGCGAUGUCGUGCGAUACAAAGCAUGGCGUCGACGUUUCCGAGACAUAUUCCCCGGUCGCCAACAUGAAUUCGAUCCGAAUAAUUCUCGCAGUAUGUGCUGA